AAGCGAUAAUAGACACGUCGGUGAUUUUAAAAUUUAAAUAAGAAUAAAAUAAUGAUCAGUUGGAAGACAAAUCCGAAACAAACAGCAUCACUGGCCGUCAUUUUUUCAUCAUUUCUUGCGCUGCCUAUCGCUUAUGUCGUAAAUUAUUCUUACAGCAUUUUGGGAAGAUUUGGUUUGUUGGUUGCCGGAUCACUUUCGUUGAUCUUCGUUUGUUCAAUCACACGUUGGGGUGUCUUCGAGGUCAGGAAACCCGUUCGGUGGAUUUUUUACGUUUCAACCUUGGGAAUGUUCUCAUCAAUGAUUGACAUAACCAUUGGGUUAGAAAAUGACAAAUUAGUGAGUAACAUGAUGACAAAUUAUUUAAACACCGGCGAGCCCUACCUGACAACUGCACACGGCACAAUGAUUUGUUACUACGAUGGAAUCCUCCAUUACAUAAUGUACCUAAUUCUACUUUACAGAGUUACUUACAACAAAAGUUGUUACGAGGUUGGGCUGUUUUGGGCAGGUUCACUUGGACAUAGUAUGAUUGUCUUUAUGCCUGGUAACAUUGUAGGUGACCAUAACCUCCAUCCAUCAAUUUUUUUGAACAUUCCUUACGUUAUCAUCCCGUUUGCUAGUGGUUACAUGUUCUACCAACAGUACCACAUUCAAAAAACUACUGGAAAAUUUGAAAUUAGAGUUGAAUCUACAAUUGUUAAGAUGUUCUUUGCUGUUUUGUUUACUGUCCUCAUUUUGAUAUCUUUGUUCAGGGGCCUGGCUGUUUUGAAUCAUACAAAGCAUGAUAUAUUCGCGUACUACAUUAAGAAUGUUGAGCCAUAUUUGAUACAUACAGAUGCUUAUCCAAAACUUCAGGCCCAAGUGACCCACGUUGGAGCCUCGUUACGUCACGAUGACGGCACUCUAAUGAAUAUUAAUGAGGGUAGUUUUCUAUUUUGGAUGAUCAAUCUUUUGCUUCUCAUAGUUCCUCAGUGUUUCUUGGUUCUUGCCUGCCAUUAUAAAACUACUGAUAGGCUUGCCAGCAAGACGAAAUGAAUUACUUAAAAAAUUUUUGGCCAGUUGAAUCACAUUUUUUUUGUUUUUGUUCGUUUUUAUUGUUUAAAAAAAUCUUUCAAAAUUCAUUUUAUUUCAUUUGACGAUGUUUAAUAUAUCAGUAUUAAGAGAAUUCUAUGAAAUGUAAAAUGAUUGUAGUUUUUGUAAACUAAAAUAUUUAUUGCAGGA